AUGAAUCGAACCCGCGUUCGCCGUCUUCCACGCCGAGCGCGAACCGCUCGGCCGCGCGGUGACGUAUUUGUCAUUGCUCGCGCCGAACCUCGGUAGCCGGGCGCCUCCAUCACACGCCUCCGAGCGCCCGAGCGGCCCCGGGCGCCGCCGAGCGGCCGCCGAACGCUCCCCGCCUCCCGCAGUUCACGCUCGGACCGCGCACGAGCGAGCACGUACCGAAUGCGUGUUCGCGCGCUCUCCACCGCCGCAAGCAUUCAUAUUUCAAACGCGUAAACAAUCUGUGACAUCUUUCAAUAUUGACAGUGAAAAUCAAAAUGGCUGAAGUGGAAUGGACGAACGAUUUGGUUAUUCGUUUGAUAAACGAAUAUAAGAAGCGGCCCGAGCUGUGGGACACGCAGCAUGAGCUGUACAGAGUGCCGACGGCUAAAUACGAAGCGUGGUCCGACAUGGCGAUCGAGUUCGAGUGCGACAUAGCGGACUUGCGGAAGAAACUGAAUUCUGUGUUCGCUUCGCACCGGCGGGAGAAGGGGAAGGUGCGGUGCGGGGGGCGGAGCACGUGGUUUUUGUACAAAUACUUGAGUUUUUUACCCAAUCAUUUGGACUCCGCCGAAGAGAAUGUCACUAUUCAUAUACCGUCGGUGGAGGUGAAAACCCAGAGGGAAGAGUCCGAGCACUCCUCCGAUAACGACUACGGGAACCUCCACGAGGAGAUCGUCAUCAAGCAGGAGCCCGUCGCCGACCCUGAGUACAAGAAGAGGAACCGCCACUCCAAGCCCCGGUUGACCAAGCCGAUCAGGAGGCGGUUCGUUGAGAAGGUGUCCACUACGGCCAGCAAACUCGACAGCAGACUCUUGGAAACCCUCAGGUUGCUGAGAAGGUCUGAUUUGUCCAGGAAAAAAGACGAAUGCGACAGCUUCGGAGAGUACAUAGCGGAUUCCUUAAGAAAACACGAAGAUAAAACACAGUCUAUGAUUAAACAGGCCAUAAACAACAUCCUGUUCGAACAGGAGAUGAAGAAGUAUAAUACAAACCAGUACACUGUGGUCAUCAAUGGCUGCCUCGACGAGAACCCCCUGACGCUGGACCAAGAUGACAAAUGAUACCUAAUGAGGUAUGGACCGCAAUUCCUUCGUAAGCUCGAUCGGGUCGAAUUACUUAGCGCAAGAUAAAUUGGUUCGUAUUAAUAAGGCACGAUUUAGCUUGCGGUAAGAUUGUGCUCAAGCAGGAAGUUAGUAAGCAACUGAAUGUUUAAUUGAUACUGAGUUUUUACAUAUUCCAGUAAUUUUAUUAUUAUUGUUGUAUAUUCUUUGGACAUCAACUUGUAUUUUUAGAAUAUGCCCCGUAUGGAGAUGGCACUAAACCUGAUUUGCUUUUCACCUACUUGAUAACUUCAGUAUCAUUGGAAUAUUCGGAAAUAAGUCUUAGUACUUACCAUAAGUGUAACAAAUUCUGACGAAGAAUUACUUUAAUUUGAUUACUAGAUUAUAAGUUACCUAGUUAGUAUUAUAAAAUUGAUUACUUGUGCAAGUGUGAGAUAAGUUUCGUUUAUGUUAUUAAUCCUUGUAAUUUGACUGAAAAAAAAUUGUUACCGACAAUGUUUUACAGAAAGAAAAAUUCUACUGUAUACUGUUUAAAAAGUUGAGUACCUACCUAGCGUACUUACUUGACUAUUUAUGUUAAUCUUUAGUUUGCAUUCUAGGUCUGUCUGUGCCUAGGUCUAGAUAGUUCAUAAUAGGCAUUUAGGAACUUCCUAGGGACAAGGUAACAUUUCCGUCGGACGUCUGGUCCGCCAUUUACUAACAAUAGAUAGUACUUAUUUGUUUCUUCCUUAAAACAAUAUGUGAUCGAAUAAAUAUAGUAUGUAUAGUAAGUACAACAUAACAAGUGGCAUUUGUUAAAUUUAUAUACUGUCCAACUUAAAUAAGCAUAGUAUAGAAAAAGCGCCAUAAAUACUACUUACCUAAUUGUAUUAGUAUUUUUUUACUACUAGAAAGACAGCAUGAAAAUAAUCUUUGUUAAUGUUACUGUAAAGUUAACAGGCAGUUAACUAAACCAACUAAUUUGUUUGAUUUUGCAUGACAUACAAUUUUCUUGACAUCAAUUUUUCCUACGUUGACAUUUGAAUGUAUGAAUAAAUACAAAUUAUCUAUAUUUUAA